CGACAGUGCGUUGUAAAGAACAGAUGCCCACGGAUAYAUAUUUAUUAUUUACUUGCUUAAUCUUAGCCGAUUCGCGUAGUUAUCAUAAUAAAUACGCGAAUUUUCCGUACACGUUUUAUCCGCUGUCCAUCGCGAUCUAUUUUAAUUAUUCAUCUAAUACGACAUCCGCGUUUUGUGCGUUUUGUUUCGAUAGUGGUUCGUAGUGUUCGUACACRCCAUCAUUGCCUAUCCUCGUGACGUGCAGCGUAGUUACGCACCAUCGCGUCGUUGGCACUUAAUAUAAUACGUAUAAUAAGUACCUUGACGAUUGUCAAUAUAUUCAUCGACAUAAAUCGUCAUCGUUAUGUACUCGCCAAAACCCGUGACCUAUAUCAGACGGAUGCUUUUGCACCGGGCCCUUCAGUGCCGACGGAAGAGGUCGUCAGCGGGGCCUGCAGUGGCAUCGAACGCCAAGAUCGUAAACGACGUGCGCCACGUCCGGGGCGAGUACAGCCGUGUGACCGACGCCGACGUCCGUCACUUCCGGUCGCUGCUGGGCGAACCAAACGUGCUGACCGGCGCCCAAAACGUCGGGCCGUACAACGUGGACUACAUGAAACACGCGUCCGGCGAUAGCGGGCUGGUGUUAAAACCGAAAACCGCAGAAAACGUGUCGGACAUACUGAAGUACUGCAACGACAGGAGCAUUGCGGUGUGCCCACAGGCUGGCAACACGAGCUUGUCGUGUGGUAGCGUGGCGCUAUUCGACGAGGUGGUCUUAUCCAUGGAGCGGAUGAACAAAAUAAUUAAUUUCGAUCCCAUAUCCGGGGUGUUGGUCUGCGAGGCGGGAUGCGUACUCGAGUCGUUGAUGAAGCACGUGGACGGUCACGGGUACAUGAUGCCGUUGGACUUGGGGUCAAAGGGCAGUUGUCAGAUCGGCGGCAACGUGUCGACCAACGCCGGCGGCAUACGCGUCAUACGUUACGGCACGCUGCAGGGGUGCGUCUUGGGCCUAGAAGCCGUCACCGCAGAUGGUACGAUUUUGGACUGUUUGAAUACAAUGCGAAAAGACAACACGGGAUACCAUUUAAAACAUUUAUUCAUUGGUUCAGAAGGCACGUUAGGYAUUGUCACCAAAGUAGCGAUAUUAUGUCCAAAUCUUCCGAAGCACGUUAAUGUGGCAUUCAUCGGAUUGGACAGUUACGAUAAAGUGCUCAAGYUGUUUUCCAUUGCUCGUAUCGAAUUUGGAGAAACCUUAUCGUCGUUCGAACUCCUGGACAACAUGGCUGUGACGUACGUGGAAAGCAAACUUCAUCUCCCGUGUCCAAUCACUAAUGUCCAUCCGUUCUAUGUACUCAUCGAACUCGCUUCCAGUCAACAGACUGUCGGCCAACACAUGGAAAAUGUUUUGGAAAAAGCUCUCGGUAACUCGGUGAUCUCCGAUGCCACAACGACCGAUCAGAUGUCCAGCAUACACAAAAUAUGGAAAGUUCGGGAAACAGUAAUUGAAGCAUUAUUAAAGUUGGGCUACGUUUACAGCUUCGAUAUAUCAAUACCUAUAAACCGGUUUUAUGAAAUUGUUGAGUUAACUCGGGAAAAACUUAASGACAAUAGGAAUGUCAAAACCGUUUGUGGAUUUGGUCACAUAGGUGACGGUAAUUUGCAUCUAAACGUGGUAACAUCGCAGCGAGACGAAGGACUGGCUCGGAUAAUCGAGCCGUUCAUUUACGGUUGGACGUCCAAGUACCGCGGAAGCGUCAGCGCCGAGCACGGAAUCGGUCUGUUAAAAACGCAAUACCUGGAGCAUACGAAGAGUGGGCCGGCUGUCGACCUUAUGCGGAGCCUGAAAAAUACUAUGGACCCAAAGUGUAUAUUGAACCCUUACAAAGUGAUCCCAACCGUCACGGCCGGCGAUCGGUAAUCCGGGAUCGCGAAAAAAAAAAAAAACCAAAUAUCUAUAUAAACAUUUAUAACAUGGCUUACACGUCGAACGUGGUAAUAAACUUCAGUACUUACCUACCUAGACGGCUAUACACAUACCUACCUAAUACCUAUAUAAACAUAAUAUUAUUAUUAUGUAAUACAUAUACUGAAUUCCAUUUAUGUGUGCGAGAAAAGGUUUGUGCUGCGAUGUGGUUAACUGCAGAAACAGUUUACCCUCCACGAUAUGCCCGGACACCGCCGUAGCUAUUUAAAUAAAAUACAAUUUAUUUGGAUCGAUAUAAUAUAUAAUAUGCAUAUAUAAAUACCUAAUAUACAUGCGUGUGAGUGCAUAUUUGCUGAAUAGACAAUCGUUAUGGCACACUAUAUAUAACAAAAAAAAAUCAUAUUUUUAUGUAAAAUGAUCCCCGAGAGAAUGAUAGAAUAAAGAUUAUCUUUAAUGUUA